AUUUAUCAUUAUCCAUCUUUGGUUGCGACGAAUUUACUUCUGUAUAAAUUGCAAGUCAGAGGGUAUAGAAAAUUAAUAUACAUAAUGUAUCCAUUACUAAUACUUGCAAUACUUAUUGCAUGUUAUGUCCUGUUUCACAUCUAUAUCCUACGACCGUACAUCGCGGGUGGUGUUUGCACAAGCAAAGCCAGAUUGGACGGCAAGACGGCGAUUGUUACUGGAGCAAAUACUGGCAUUGGUAAAGAAACUGCGGCAGAUUUCGCGAGAAGAGGGGCUCGUGUAAUCAUGGCCUGUCGUAAUCUAAACCAAGCCGAAGCAGCCAUGAAGGAAAUUGUCCAAAACACUGGUAAUAAAAGCGUAGUUGUGAAACACCUAGACCUUGCUUCGUUAAAGUCUGUUCGGGCAUUUGCUGAAGACGUAAAAAACAACGAGGCGAGAUUGGAUAUCUUAAUUAACAAUGCCGGGGUUUUUAAUCUUCCUGAAUUCUUCAAGACAGAAGAUGGCUUUGAAACCAUAGUGGGAGUUAACCAUUUUGGACAUUUCUUACUCACGAAUCUACUCCUUGAUCUUUUAAAGAAAUCGGCACCCUCUCGUGUUGUCGUGGUAUCUUCGGUACUCCAUCGUGGACAGCCAACUGGACCGGCACCUGAACUGAAUUUUGAGAACAUGAAUAGCGAGAUAUCCUAUAACGGAUUCAUGGCCUAUGCUCAAAGCAAACUUGCAAAUAUUUUAUUUACAAGAGAGUUGGCAAGACGUUUAGAAGGCACGAGAGUGACAGUGAAUUCGCUCCAUCCUGGUAAAAUUUCUACAGAUAUUCGAAGGCAUUUCUCACCAUGGAAGAAAUUUACAUGGAAUGUGUUGUUCAGGCAUUUCGGAAAGACGGUAGAAGAAGGCGCUCAAACUCAGAUUCAUCUCGCAGUGUCUGAAGAAUUAGAGGGAGUUAGUGGCUUGUAUUUUUCCGACUGUAAAGAAGACGAGCCUUCGAAACAUGCGCAAGAUGAUAUCGCAGCCAAGAAAUUGUGGGACGUUAGUGCUAAACUUGUCGGGCUGGAUGUGACGUCACAAUUGAACAUACAGACAACUAUGAAAAUGGCUAAAGAAAAUCACGUUACUCCGCGUAUAAAGUCGAAGCCGAGCUGUUUCAACAUGGGUCCAGACAGAUUUGAAACCUUCGUCAGAUUUGGAGCUAUGCGUGCGAAUGCGUGAGAAAGAUUUAUUAAAAGAAAGAUCAAUAUUAGACAAAACGAUUUCCUGAUAGUAGCGCAUCUUUAUUAUUAAAGGUUCACUUCUUGAGAAAACUGGACAUUAUCAAUAUCUCAAAAUUCCUUUAAUUAAAUUAAGAGUGUAUAUAAAACAUUUUAGAUACAAUUAUAAUUGAAUUUGAACUGUAUAUUCUUGUGCUAGUUAUAGUUUAAGGUACAAUUAAAUUUGACUUAUAGUUUGUAUUAUGUAGUUAAUUACAGGACAGAAGUCAAGGCCUAAUAUUAUUAUUGUUAUUUAUUGUUAUUAUUAUAUUUCGAGGACAGCUAACCGCACAAUCUGUAUGUGUAUAUGCAAGAAAUGUGGUCAUAUAUGACUCUGAAUCAGUAGAGAAGUUCAGAUUACAUUGACUUUAACUGACAACUACCGGUAGCCGCUGGCUUAAUACGCAUUUGAUUGGUAAAUCGUGUGCACAAUUAAUGCAUUCGAUUCGAUAUAAUGCAUGGUGACAGUAGUGAGUAGCGGUAGUGGAAGUCUAAAUCUGAACCUUUCUAAUGCACAAGUUUCGAUUGGUUUGUUGUCUAGAAACUCAUUUAAAGAUAAAAUGCUCUGCUGGCGCAUACUGACUCAAUUAUUCUUACCUCGCGUCGACUGCAUGUGCGGCAAAAGACGCGUUCUGCGUGGGAUGAUAAUAGGCUUCCAGAAGGUACGUCACCUUCACUGUAUAUAGGCUUUAACUAUUCGACCCACUGCUGUGCCCAACCAGCUGAAUCUGAUAACAAAUUAAAGGUUUACAAAAUUACAAAGAAUAGUGUCUUUGAAACAACGCCAGAAUAUUUGAAAUAAAAAUAUCGUCGAAAGCUGUUGAUUUAUUGCGAGAUUAGUACGGGCUUCGCAAUUUUAUUUAAAGGACUUGUCAUGAAAUCUGGUGCCCUUAGGGUCAGUGUUACCCCACCUGCUUGCUACUGUACCCCAAUGACCAACUUGCGUAUGUUGGGGAAAUUUUCUCAUUUAUUUAGACUUUGUGUAUAAUUGAUGUUAUUUGAAAAUUGUAUUCCAUUCGUACUGUAUGUGACGCAGUACCUCGCAUUGGUAUUCAAGUUUCAUUUGGAACUCUUAGCGCUUCGACAUUGCCCAAUAAAGUUUUUAAAACGAAAAUAAAACGAAAACACUAUUUUGGCAUUCCGACCUCAAUAUGGUGUCGCUAUAAUGCUAAAAUGAUGAAUUUGAAAGCGGCACAUUGUGAGACAUUGAGAAAAUUGUUGUAUAAUCAAAUGGUGAUUGAACAAUUAAAUACUUUGAUGAGAAGAUUGUAACCUGAAGGGCACUCAGACUCUCAGAGACUGCAUGGUUCCGCUGGCGAAUUAAGUCAAGUAUUAUGCAUAAAUUUUAAAAUGGCCAAAAGGCUAACAUUUGCUAUUCUUUCAUCCACUUUUUAUUGAACAAUUUAACAAUUGUCCUUUGUUGACAGACACAUAUACGUACAAACUUAAUCUUAUUUUAGCCACGUAAUUUUAAUUAUAAUUUUAUAUAAUUUCAUUCAGUGUGUUCAGUUAACAAAUUAGCCUGUAUUCUAAAAGCUCACUCACACUCAACAAGUGGAAGUUCAAUCUGAGCUUCUCUUGAGUGUCAAUGCUGUUUUUGAACAGCUGGAGGGUGAGUAGUGACAUAGUAAGGUACGACACUAACCCUCCAGUUAUUCAAAAAUAGCAAUGACACUCGAGAGAAGCUUAGAUUGAACUUCCACUCAUUGAGUGUGAGUGUGAGUGAGUUUUUAGAAUACGGGCGAUAGUAUACAUAUGUUGUUAUAUGUUGCAACAUGAAAGGUCAAGACAAAAAGGUCAGACUUCUUCGUCUGGAUGAAAUGGUGGCAUUGGAGACACAAACGAAGCCAUUGUCGUUGUUUUAAAUUUUUAUCCUUGUCGCCAUUGUUGAAUUUGAACGUAUAUUAUAUUUCUUGCUUUUCUCACUCUCUACAUCGAAUGAAAUCACAAUCUCAAUAUACUACCAUUUACCGUUUGAUGACUAUACCAUUUACCGGAAAGAUCGCAUUUCUCAACGUGCUGGAGGGGUUCUAAUCGCAGUGAAGAACGAUUCGUUCAAAAGUGUCAACUGUCAAACGGUACUUCCCUACAUCAAAAUCAGUAGACCAAACAGAAAUAGUGUCAGCAGAACUUACGACACAUCACGAUCAAAAAGUACUUUUCUCUUCCUGUUAUCGCCCACCGAAUUCUGGUUCUGACUGGGUAUACGUAGAUACGUUUAAUGCUUUCCUCGACCAAGUGUGUGAUCAGUUCGAUAAGGUGAUGAUUUCUGGUGACUUCAAUUGACAAUAUGCCACAUAUUUCCUGGAAUAACAAUGGUGAAACUCCUAACACAAGUAAUUCAUUUAUCGAAGCCCUAAAUGAUCAUUUCCUAACCCAGAUCAACAGCAUCCCAACUCGAGACAACAACAUCCUUGACCUUAUUAUUACCAAUGUACCUGAACAUGUUAACAUAACUGAUGUGGAAUCGCCAGACAACGCCGUCGUUUUUACAGACCAUUGUGUACUCCACUACGAGUUUAAUGCAUUUGUUGAAAUUCCAAAAACAAAGAGUCAAAGAUACGUUUACAACUACAAAAAGGGCAACUUUUAAGGUUUACGUUCCUUGUUAUCUACCAUUGACUUAACUCUGUGUAUGGAACAUGACAAUAUUAACGAUGACUGGACAUCUUGGAGAAAUACUUUUCUCGGCGCUGUUUCGAAAUAUGUCCCAAGCAUAAAACUAAAAGGACGAAAACAACUGCCCUGGAUAAACGGAAUGAUUUUACACCUGAUUAAGAAAAAGAACACUGCGCGGAAAAAACUAAGAUCGUCCCCGACGAGUCAUCUACGCGAAAAAUGUAAGCAUUUACGUGCCACUAUAAAACGUAUGUUACGCGAAAGUCGAGAACAAUUUUAUGUGUCUUUGGGGAACAACUUCCAAGAGAAUCCAAAACGAUUUUGGUCCGCAAUGAAACAUCAGUCCAAAACGCGCAACAUCCCAGAUACAAUCUCUACAGCUGGAACAAAGAACGGUCAUGAAUCCCAGUCAUCCAGGAUCAAAGCUGACAACCCUGAUGAUAUCACGUCCAUGUUUAACAGCUACUUUGCAUCAGUAUUUGACUCUGAUGACUCUUUGAGGGAAGAAACCAGCCAUGACCUCGAAACUCCAGUCUUGUCUGAGAUAAUUCUGACAGUUGAGGAAGUUCAAGCAGUUCUUGAAACAUUGGAUGUUACAAAAGCCACAGGACCUGACAACGUCCCAGCCCGUCUGCUUAAAGAAACUGCUCCUGUUAUUUCAACGUCUUUGUGCACGCUUUUUAAUAAGUCCCUAAGUCAAGGUGCUCUCCCGGAAGAUUGGAAAAUCGCCAACAUAAUUCCUGUGUACAAGAAAGGUGAAAAAGAAUAUGCUGAAAGCUACCGGCCAAUCUCACUCCUUUCAAUUGUGUCGAAAGUUCUGGAACGCUGCGUCUUUUAUAACAUCAGGGAGCAGCUGUACCAGGUAAUUAAGACCUCGCAGCACGGAUUCACCAGAGGAAAAUCAUGCGUGACCAAUCUUCUCGAAGUUCUCAACUAUAUUGGCUCGAUUUUGGAUGUUGGAGGUCAAGUCGAUGCUGUGUAUCUUGACAUGUCUAAGGCGUUUGAUAAGGUAAACCAUAAACAUCUGUUGCACAAAUUACGGAUGGCUGGAUUUGGAGGUAGUCUCUUGCAGUGGUUUCAAUCUUACCUAACCAAUCGUCAUCAACGUGUAACUGCACAAGGUUCCACCUCUACUACCCUGCCAGUUACAUCAGGUGUGCCUCAAGGGUCCAUCCUCGGUCCAGUCCUAUUCAGCCUCUAUGUCAACGACCUUCCAGAUACAGUUACAUCUAGUCAUGUUGCUAUGUUUGCUGAUGAUACAAAACUGUUCAAAAACAUCAAGUCCGUCAAAGACAGCGAACAGCUUCAAAACGAUCUCAAACAUUUAGAAACGUGGUCUGAAGAGUCUGGUCUCAAUUUUAACGAAACGAAAUGCAAGACACAAC